GUGACAUUAAAAAGUAGUACGUUUUCUCUACGCGUUUUGUAAAUUCUCUUAUCUAAAUGUGGUAAUAAGCGUUUGUUAUUGGCUAUCUGUAAAACAUACCAAUCUACUCCAGUAAGAAAUAUUGUUGAGUAAAAUUGAUACAGCGAAAUCAUACUGUGUCAAUCCCGCAAUAAAGUAGGUGAAAUGUGAUUGAAUUUGUGUAAAAUAAUCUAAUUAUAUAAGUUAAUGAACUAGUUUAGUUGAUAGCAUCGUCGAGAAAUAGAUAACAGAAACAAAAUGCGGUGGGUGCUAUUAUCAAUAUUUGUGCUGCUGUGCAGUACCUUUGUGGCCCAUGCGUUUGAGGACCAGGCUCUCGAAGACGAUGACUUUGCAGAAUUCGAGCAGUUUGAGGCUGAAGAUGAUGAACUGAUUGCUGAUUUUGCUGAGGACAAGGAGCUUCCUGCUUCGAAGCCGAUUAAGGGUCCAUCUCAGGAACAGUUUGAGGCCAAUGUGGAGACUGAAGACGAGAUAUUAGUUGAGGAUGAAGACAAUGAGUUUGAGCAUUUCCAAGACCCUGAGGAGUUCGAAGGGUUCCAAGACAAUACUCCUCGUAGCUCUGAACAGCCAAAGAUCACUAUUUCUAAGGUUCCUAUAAUGAUCCGUCCUCGGUGGGAUGCCUAUUGGCUGGAGGGUAUUCUCUGCUGCCUCCUAGCUGCGUACGCGCUGGCCUAUGCAGUAGGCCGCGCGAAGAACACGUCAAUCGCCACCAACUUCCUGAAGUUACAUAAGCCACUGCUUGAUGAUAACUUCACUCUAGUUGGAGAGACGGGGUCGGACGUGGUCUGCGCGAGCUCUGAGCGAGGCUGGCGCCGCGAGGCGGAGCACUGCUUUACCAUGUGGUGCAGUGGACGGCUCUGCUGCGAGGGGAUGCUACUCACGCUCAAACUUAUCAAGCGUCAAGACCUGGUGCACGUACUACUGGGUGUAGUCAGACCGACGCCAGACACUCUCCUAGUACGAGUGGAACUAGGUAAAGACGACAGCGAUCCCUUCGUGCUCUGCAUCGCCCAGAAAAAGAUCGCCACCCGCCUCGCCAAGGAAAUGCAGGACCUGACGUCGAACGAGCAGACGAAUUUCCUGACGAGCGUGUUCUGCCCGGAGCGUCGCGCGGGCGACAAGCACGGUCUGCCGGGCGCGCUGUGCGUGCUGUCCGAGUGCGCGGAGGCGGCGGCCGGCCUGCUCGACGCGCGCCUCACUAACGCGCUCACGCUCUACCACGCGCAUCUACAGUACAUACACAUCUCCGACAGAUACUCCGGGCCCAAGCAGAUGGAGGAAACUGCAGUAACGAAGCCCCCAGAGACUGAGAAGGUUAUGCUGAUCAGCUUCGCGCUAGGACCCGACGGCGGCGGCGAGGAGGUGCGCCCCCUACUGCAGCUCGUCUUCCAUCUCAUGGACAAGAUCAAGAGGUUCAGGCUUAGCAAGGAGGCGCUGGCGAAGUGUGAGAAGCGUCGUCAGAAGGUGGCGGAGGCCUGGCUGCGGGGGGCGCACGCCGCGCGACAGGAACAGGCCGCCGCCAGGCGGGAGGAGAAACGCAAGCUCGAGAAGGAACGCAUCCUCGCUGAGGACGAUCCCGAGAAGCAGCGUCGCUGGGAGCUAAAAGAACAAAAACGCCAACAGAAGCGGAAAACGCCGAAAAUGAAACAAUUAAAAGUAAAGGCUCUGUGAUCAUUGAUAGUAGACAGUACGGUCACAGGCGCCACAGCAAUCAGUCACAUGCAAUAUAUACAGUCCUUGUUAUUUAUUAAGUGUUACAUACUCAAUGGCUGCGAAUAAAUGAAUUUUACGUUAUAAUUUGUGUAUUUUCAUUGAAGUUGUAGUUGCAAUAACGUCGUUCGCCAGCGCACCGUACCGUAGAGCGGGGCGCGGGGCGCCUCGGCUGAGCUGCCGGGGGCGCGCUACCGGGUGUCGCCUACGGGGGCGCGCUACCGGGAGCCGCCUACGAGGGCGCGCUACCGGAGGCGUGGAACUACAAACCUAUAUUUGUGCUAGUCUUUCAUGCUACAGCUCGUUCACAUUACUUUUACACUUUCGCGUUUCAUGUUAACAACAUAUUAUUAAGUCUGCUUGCGACCACGACCUGUGCAACCAGGUCGAAACGUCAAGCGUCCCUUCAAAGGUAUUUAAAUUAUUAUUUUUCGCGUGAAUACCCG